AUGAAAGCACUCGCGAGGAGCUACGUAUGGUGGCCUAAUAUCAAUGGUCAUCUGGAAGAGCUAGCGAAAGGCUGCAGCGGGUGUCAGCAAAACCAGAAGAUGCCUGCUAAAACACCACUACAUCCGUGGGAGUGGGCCACUACACCAUGGCAGCGUAUACACAUCGACUACGCAGGGCCAUUUCAGAACUCGAUGUUCUUAGUGGUUGUCGACGCACACACCAAGUGGCCAGAAGUGGUUCCAGUCAAGUCAACUUCUUCAAGUUCGACUAUCGAAAUUCUACGCGAUUUGUUCGCCAGAUUUGGAAUUCCAGAACAGAUAGUCAGUGACAAUGGUACACAGUUUGUUUCUGAGGAAUUCCAGACAUUUGUCAAGUCCAAUGGCAUCCGCCAUAUAACUUCAGCACCGUACCAUCCAGCGACGAAUGGUCUUGCGGAAAGGACAGUACAAACCUUCAAACAGGCUUUGCGUUCCAUGCGUCAAAGCCCCAAGCCAGUGAGGGAGAAGUUGGCGAAGUUUCUCAUAGCUUACAGGAACACUCCACACUCCACCACCGGUGAGAGCCCAGCACAGUUACUCCUGGGAAGACCAUUGCGUACUCUCCUAGAUUUGGUGAAACCUAACUUAAACCGUAAGAUGGUUAACCAACAACACCAGCAGAGCAUUAAGGCAGCGAUUGACAAGGGUAAACAGUAUCGCCAGUUAGAGAUGGGUGACUCAGUUAUGUCACGGAAUUAUCGAGGGGAUCUGAAGUGGCGUCCAGGGCUGAUUGUUAACAAGACAGGUCCGCUGAUGUAUGAGGUACAGGUGGCACCGGGACUGAUCUGGCGCCGACAUAUUGAUCAGUUGAGACCAACGGCAGUUGGACACACAGUUGAAAGCACUGACGCCGACUGUAGUGUUGAAGUCAGCCAACCUGAAAUGGCCAACACACCACUGACCCCAAUUACAUCAAGUACUCCAACCACUGAGGGCGGCACAGCUCCAGGAGGUUCCCAAAAAGAUCAACCAAAGAUGGUUCCUGUUUCCACACCUACGGUACCUGACCCUCCUGAUGCUAAACCAGCUACAGUUAGUCCGAUGGUCAAAAUGCGACAACACCCUCAGAGAGUUCGCAGGGCACCACAGAGGCUUGAUCUCUGA